AUGGUUCUGUCAGGCAGGACACCUGUUGGGCUGAGACAAUCUCUUUGCCACCUCCCUUGCUUUCUUUUGGUUGCUACUUUGAUCUGUUCAGCACCUGCAGAAACUUGGACUCCAGAAGGCUACCAGGAUGCUUUCCCUCCAUUGUGGCAUCUUGCUCCUGGAAACCUGGAAGAAUACCCAGUGAAAGGCAAUAAAAUUUUGAUUGCUGCCUGGAACUACAAGGAAAGAAUGGGGAUGUAUAAAAUAAUGUUACAGCAUUCAGCUAAAUAUUUUGCAGCACUGGGAGCCAAUAAUGAAGACAAUAUCCUCUGGGGUUUGCCACUGCAACAUGGUUGGCAAUACCAGUCCGGCAGACUAGCAGAUCCACUAAAUUUUACAUCUUGUGGCCAUGAAGAUGGAGAAAAUCUGUGCAUAUCUGCACACAGCUGGUGGGCUUGUGCAAAUUAUGCACUAGCGAUUAUUCCUUUUCUGGGGGCUGUAGAAAGUGGUUUGUUUGGAGACUUACCAUAUGAGGUAGAAAUGCUACCACCAGAUGAGCGAAAAGAUGACUUUUGUCAUAACACUGUAGAAUGCAACAAUCACGCACCAAAAGUUAUGGCUGGAUGGAGGGACUACUUCAAGUAUCUCUCAUCCACUGCACGGAACUCUGAAGCAAUUUCCUUCUCAAAAGAUGAAGCAUUGAAAUAUAUGUGGAAAGCUCAUGUUCUCUCCCUCUCUUAUGCACUUCCAAAGUGUCAAAAUCGUCUAAAAUUCCUGAGUGGCCCUGAAAGUGCUUUCGGAGCAGACUGGGGUAAUGCAGUGGAUUUCAUUGCAGCCACGCAUUUUUCCACAGACCAGAUUACUACAAACCAUUUCCAAACUGGAUUACCACCACGGAAACUCCUUGAAGGAGAUAGAGCCCCAUCGAUUGGUGACUUCACUCCUACGCAGAAUAAAGUGUUGUCUCUGCUUUCUUUUCUUCGCAAGACAAAUGAGAAAAUGAGAGAACUUGUGCAGAUGUUCACAGAGAAGUGUGCUGAUGAAACACAACUGUGUUACCCCUUUUCAGAUGUAAGGAGGAACUUUGUUGGUGUUAUGGAAAAUGGCAAUGUCUACAGAAGCUGGAAAGAAAGCAGGACGUGCCCUUAUUGA